UUUUCGCCAUAGGGACAAAUACAAUCAAAACCCCGUCAGCGCAACAGAACCUGCAAGAGAGAGAGAGAGAGAGAGAGAGAGAGAGAGACAGCGUUCAAGGCUAGGGUUCUUCUGCUUACAUUUCCCUUCCACAGAAUCCAGACGAUCCAAUUCGCAAAAAGGUUUUACUACAUGUGGUGAGUGAACCAGCAUUGAAUUUUGGGGUACUAGGGUUUUUGGUACUGACAUCAUGGUGGAAGUGGGUUGUCUGUGGAUCUUGGACUGGGAAUUCUGUAUGUUUCACUCUUUGUAUACGAACUAGGGUUCGGAUUUUUCGGGUAUUGGUGCCAUGGCUGGAGUUGGGGAAACAUCUGAAACUAGAUUUGCCGGAGAAUCGAGUUCCCGGGUAGUAAACACGGGGUCCUUUCGUGAUGAGGAUAGUUCUCACAGGCAAGUUGCUCAUUUUGGGGGUGGGUCCAGGAACACGAGCCCAAUUGGCCGUGUAGGGUCGAGGAAUACUAGUCCUUCUAGGCAAAAGGUGGUUAAGACUAAGCCACGGGGUUUGGAUGAGGAGACUGUCGCUACAUUUAGUAAGGCCAUCCACCCAGAUGUACAAAUGGAAGAUAAUAUAUGGGCAAUGUUACCGGAAGACCUUUUGAAUGAAAUCUUAGCUAGGGUUCCUCCAUUCAUGAUUUUCCGGCUCAGAUCCGUUUGCAAACGGUGGAAUUCGAUUUUACAGGAUAAUGGCUUUCUUAAGUUUCAUUCACAAGUUCCGUCUCACGGUCCUUGUCUUCUUACGUUUUGGAAAAAUUCACAGACCCUACAAUGCUCAGUCUUUAGCUUGCCGUUAAAACAGUGGUAUCGAAUCCCAUUCACAUUUUUACCACACUGGGCUUUCUGGUUAGUUGGUUCCUCAGGAGGUCUUGUCAGCUUCUCAGGAGUUGAUGGUUCGACUUUCAAAACUCUAGUGUGUAACCCCCUUACACAAACUUGGAGAACAUUGCCAAGUAUGCAUUAUAAUCAGCAAAGGCAGUUGAUGUUGGUUGUUGAAAGGUUGGAUCGGUCGUUUAAAAUUAUAGCCACUAGUGAUAUCUAUGGUGACAAGACAUUGCCAACUGAAGUAUACGAUUCGAAGCUUGACUGUUGGUCACUUCACCAGAUCAUGCCUGCUGUGAAUCUUUGUUCCUCAAAGAUGGCAUUUUGCGACUCAAGGUUGUAUCUGGAGACUCUUUCGCCACUUGGUUUAAUGAUGUAUCGGCUCGAUACAGGAUACUGGGAACACAUUCCAGCCAAAUUCCCAAGGUCUAUGCUGGAUGGGUAUCUGGUUGCUGGCACUCAGAAACGACUGUUUCUAGUUGGGAGGAUUGGUCUUUAUUGUACUCUUCAAAGUAUGAGGAUUUGGGAAUUGGAUCAUGCAAAGGUUUUGUGGGUUGAAAUAAGUAGGAUGCCACCUAGGUACUUUCGGUCUCUAUUGAGGUUGGCGGCUGAGAGAUUUGAGUGCUUUGGGCAGGAUAACUUGAUAUGCUUCACAUCCUGGAACCAAGGGAAAGCCCUCCUUUAUGAUGUGGAUAAGAAGGUUUGGUCUUGGAUUGCUGGCUGUGCUCUUCAGUCCUGCAACAGCCAAGCUUGUUUCUAUGAGCCAAGAUUUGAUGCUUCAAUCCAUUAAGCAGGGAAUUUUAGUUUCAUUUUUCCGAGAGGUUACUAAGGAUUCACAACAUUUGUUCUGUAUUUUCUCCUUCCUCUUAAUCCCCUCUGUAUGUAAAUCUAGUCCAUGGGUGAAAUCUUGGAAUUGGGCUGGUCUGCUGCCCUUCCUUUGCCUGGGUAGUUCUUGGGAUUUUUCUGCGGGAACAGCAUUGUGUGGGCAGCCUGGAGCACUAAAUGUGACAGGAAGACUCUUGCAACGGAGGGUUGGCUCUGUAUCUGAAUCUUUUAUCUUCCUUAUUUGGGACCCUAUACGCCUCUAGGGCUUGUAAUGUUCUUGCAAUUGGACAAAUGCGGUGAUGCUCCAUUGAUCAUGGCAUUGGGAAUAAUUGUAAGAUAAUCUUUUUGUCCAUUCAUGUACAUCGGCUGAAAUCAUAUAGAACAUUCAAGGUGCCUUCUCU